CCGCACCGGCCGUCAGGCCCUCACCGGGGCAGGCCCCAGAGCCCGGAACCGAAGCGCGGGUCUGCGUUCCCCGCCGGGCCGGUGCGUCGCUGCGCGGUCCCGGUCCCGGCGUGGCGGGGAGCGGUAGCCCCAAGCCCGGUUGGGACUCGCUUCCCCCGCCCCGGCGGGCCCGCAGAGGGGUCGGGCCGCAUGGCGAAGCAGAGCCCCAUGGAGCCCGAGACGCCGGGCGCCGCGGCCGGCGGGAAGGGCAAGAGGAGGAGGAGGAAGGUCUGGCACGGCCGUGGGGCCGCGGCGGCCGCGCCGAAAGGCCCCGCCGUGGCGGCCGCAGCUCCCCCCCGCAGCCCGCGGGAGUUCUCCUCCAACUGGAAGGCGCUGCAGGAGCUACUGAAACAAAAGGCAAAUAGCUCCAAUGAGUCCCUCUCUACAUGUCAAACAUACACCAAAAAGAAGCAUCUGCUCCAAGUGGGAAAUAGCCAAGAAGUCCCAGCUAUCAAUGGGAAUGGGAAUGUGGUAAAGGCCAAAUCCACAAAUAAAACAGACGAUGGUUCUGCUAGAGACAAUCCUCCUUUGGCUAAGCCAAAAUCCAAGAAGGUUGCAACAGAUAAGAAUUUAAAUGGCACCAAAAGUGAUGGAAAAGGCUGCAAAGAAAAAAAGAAAAAUGGCAAUAUUUUAAAGGAGAAAGGUGAUAUAAAACAUAAGAGGAGGAAAGCUGAAGAACAUGCGGAGCAGCAACCCAAAGAGGCUGAAAUCUGGUUUGAUGACGUUGAUCCAAAAGAUAUUGAAGCAGCGAUAGGACCUGAAGCAGCAAAAAUCGCUAGAAGAAAUCUGGGGCUUGAAACAGGCCAAUCCAAACAGUCUGUGGAGCAGGUGCUGGUUAAAGAAAAGGCUUCUGAAGGGCUGACACGAGCUAUAGCCAUGGACUGCGAGAUGGUGGGAGUGGGACCCAAGGGUGAAGACAGUAUCGUGGCUCGUGUGUCCAUCGUGAACCAGUUUGGAAAGUGCAUUUACGACAAGUAUGUCAAGCCUACAGAAGAGGUGACUGACUACAGAACAGCUGUUAGUGGCAUACGCCCUGAGAAUAUAAAAACAGGUGAAGAUUUUAAAACGGUUCAGGAGGAGGUUGCUGACAUCUUGAAUGGAAGGAUUUUAGUUGGACAUGCUUUACGCAAUGAUCUAAAGGUCCUAUUUCUCGAUCAUCCUAAGAAGAAAAUACGUGACACACAAAGGUACAAGCCUUUCAGACAGAGAGUCAAGAAUGGACGGCCAUCAUUGAAACUGCUCUGUGAGAGACUGCUGAAUGUUCAAGUGCAGACAUCAGAGCACUGCUCAAUUCAGGACGCACAAGCAGCUAUGAGACUGUACACCUUAGAGAAAAAGAAAUGGGAAGCUGCUGUUAAGAACAAAUCUAACAACAAAAAUUGUAAAACUUGAAUGAUCAUACCCUGUGUUUUUAUCUGCAGCAUUUGCUGGUUUCAUGUCACAUUCCAGGUCAAAUUUAGAGAACUGACAGCAGCUACUUCAUAAAAAUCAAUCAAAAGACAAUACUUCCUAACCUGGUCCAUGAAUGCUGCCAUACUACUGCUAGUAUCCCCUUUCUGGAUGGUACCUGUGCUUAAUGCCUACUACUGUGUUUAACAAUACUUGUAACAAAUGCCAGCAUUUGUCAAGUACUUCAUCAGUUAAAUUUCUGCAAAGGAAACAGACACUGUAUAACUCAAAAAAAAUAGUGCUUUUAAAUUAUGAUAGAUGAACGAAGAAACUCUCAUGGCUUUGCUGAAACUCCCAAGACUAAAAAUCUUUAUUUCAAAUAUUUUAAAGUCUACAAAGUAAGGUGAAUUCUUAAUUAUUGCUGUUAGUCUCACAGUUGUGGUACCUUAAUCAACAUAAUAUAUAACUAUUUAUGUAUUAUUAGUGGCCCAAUAUUAACCUUGCUGGUGAGAAAAAAAAAAAUCUUUCUGGAGGUUCCAAGCUUUUACAUCUGAACCAGGAGUGUACAAGUCUUGUUGUUAUACAAAAAGUUUUUUCCUUUACCUCUGCAGUUUCAAAAGCGUUGCAUCCACAAGGGUCAUUAUCUCCUGGAGAGAAAUGUAAGAAUCAUCAAAUAUAAGAUUACCUUGUUGCUUCACUUAUUUUUAUAUUCCUUUAUUAAUAAAAACAGUGUCUAACAUAG